AUGGCUGUGGCGAGUUCAGCUCACUGUUCCUUCUUCUUCCAUUCACCGCCACAUUCUUCGUGGGUUCAAUUCUCCAGCAAAACGACACCAAUCUGGACUCGGAAUUUGUCUGUCUCAGAAAGAACUGCUACUCAAUCUUCUCCCUUACUGGUUAUUUGUCAAUCUUCUUCCUCUGCCGGAGGAGGUGGUGGAGGAGCCGCCACGCCUUCCUCGCCGGAAGUGACUGAACCGGCCACUGCGGAGUCUUGCAUUAAUUUGGGACUAUCCCUUUUCUCCAAAGGACGGGUUAGAGAUGCUCUGUUACAGUUCGACACAGCCCUUACUCUUAAUCCUAAUGAUGUGGAGUCUCAAGCUGCUCUUUACAACAAAGCAUGCUGUCAUGCCUACAGAGGGGAAGUCAAGAAAGCGGCAGACUGUUUACGUACUGCUUUGAGAGAGUAUAACCUCAAGUUUGGCACAAUUCUGAAUGACCCAGACUUGGCUGCUUUCAGAGCUUCGCCAGAAUUUAAGGAAUUGCAAGAAGAGGCUAGGCUAGGUGGGGAGGAUAUCGGCUACGGUUUCCGCAGAGACCUUAAACUCAUUAGUGAAGUUCAAGCACCAUUCCGGGGUAUUCGUAGAUUCUUUUAUGUGGCAUUUAGUGCAGCUGCUGGAAUAUCGUUGUUUUUCACCAUACCCAGGCUAUACCGGGCAAUUAAUGGUGGUGAUGGAGCCCCAGACGUCUGGGAAACUGUAGGAAAUGCUGGAAUAAAUCUUAGUGGUAUAAUUGUUCUAGUUGCUUUGUUUAUUUGGGACAACAAAAAAGAGGAGGAGCAACUUGCACAAAUCUCCCGCAAUGAGACCCUCUCAAGGCUUCCUUUGCGUCUCUCAACUAAUAGGGUUGUUGAGCUCGUGCAAUUGCGGGACAAUGCAAGGCCAGUUAUUCUGGCUGGGAGUAAGGAGACUGUUUCCUUAGCCCUCCAGAAGGCCGAAAGAUUCCGGACCGAGCUGGUCAGAAGAGGGGUUAUCCUCGUUCCAGUUAUUUGGGGUCAAGCUGGUGAAAAACAAGUGGAGAAGAAAGGAUUCGGUCUCCCUCAGAAAGCCUCCACUUCUCUUCCAUCUAUUGGGGACGAUUUUGACAAAAAAGCACAAUCUAUAGUUGCCAAAUCAAAAUUAAGGGCAGAGAUCCGUUUCAAGGCUGAGGUGGUAUCGCCUGCCGAGUGGGAAAGGUGGAUCAAAGAUCAGCAGAAGUCAGAAGGUGUUACUCCUGGUGAAGAUGUUUACAUUAUACUUCGACUAGAUGGUCGUAUUCGACGAUCAGGAAAGGGAAUGCCAGAUUGGCAACAAAUCGUGCAGGAGUUGCCAGAAAUGGAAGCACUUUUAAGCAAACUGGAAAGAUAA